AAAUCGAAACGUCCAAGAUUAAGGAAUACCGUAAUCCAGCACAAUCUAUUGACGAGGCCGACCACGGCAUGGCAGCAGCAAAUGACUCAGGUGUUGACACAAGUAAUGAUAGCAAUGAUGGAGUUACAGCCAGUGCGAGUAUUAUGAUAACACCGCCACCGCCAAUAAUGCCGCCCACACCAACAUCGUCACCGAAUACACAUGAGUGGCCCACCAUCAAUCCCAAUGCAUUCCAUUUGAAUUCGGAAGAGCAUUUUGCAUUUCCUACCUUGCCGCCACUGCCGCUGAACUCAUCGUCGUCGCAGUCUCCCGACUAUAUGUCCAGCAUUAUCCAUCCCAGCACCCUGCCCUCCAGCAGUCACAAUUUCAAAAUGCGUCCCCGUACUUGUAUCAAGAGCAAACUGCGCUUCAGCUAUAAUAAUAUUUUUGCCGAAUCUGCUGGACGGAAACUGCGCUACGCCGCCUGUACCAAUAACAUAGAACUCCUGACAAAGGUACUGGAGGCUGGUGCACAGCCAAAUGCGGCGGACGAAUACAAACGCAGUCCGUUACAUUUGGCCGCCUGCCGUGGUUACAUACAAAUAGUCCAACAAUUAUUGAAAUUCGGGGCCAACCCCAAUGUGGUAGAUUCUCUGGGCAACACUCCACUCCAUUUGGCUGUUAUAUCUGCAAGUUCAAAUAAUUUUAAUGUGGUGGUACGUGUUCUACUGCAGGGUGGCGCCAGUGUUCAUAUGUAUGAUCGUAGUGGCAAAACGCCAUUAGAAUUGGCCGAGGCCAAAUUACGGUUACUUCGUACACGCUAUGAGAAUCCAACACCGGAAACCAGUAAAAUUCUCGAAGAUAUGUGCAUGUUGACGGCCCUCAUCUUAAGAUAUAUGGCGAAGCAACAACGCGAAUUAGAAGAUCUCUCAAAUCUGGAGAAACGCCUGCAAGACCUGAGCACCCGCGAUGAUCAAGAACAGGUUGUUUCUCAGACGGCUGAUGAAUUAUUGGCCAGUAUCGAAAGUCUGUCAAUAAACAAAUAGAGAGUAAAU